AUGUGGAUCGAGAAGCCGGAGGGCUUCACUUUCAAGCCCGGGCAAUACUGCACCAUAGGCGCCGAAGGGAUAGAGCGAGCGUACUCCAUCGCCUCCGCGCCGCACGAAGAUCGCAUCGAACUGUUCAUCGAGCUCGUGCCUUAUGAAGAGGGCGGGCAUCUGACGCCCUUACUCUACGCACUUAAUGUGGGCGACAAGCUGAGCAUACGACCGCGGGCCAAGGGAAUCUUCACCUUCAAUCCGAACUUCAAGAACCAUCUACUCGUCUCAACCGUUACCGGAGUCGUGCCGUACAUCAGUUACCUCCGUGAUUAUCUGCACAAGGGCCUGCACCGGGACGAAAGUGGGCAUCACUUCUAUGUGCUGGAAGGCGCGAGCUACCACGACGAGUUCGGCUACGAUGAUGAGCUGACUCGCCUUGCGGCCGAACAUCCCGAUCUCGUCAGUUUCAUCCCGACGGUGAGCCGCCCCAACGAAGCGCGCAACAAUGGCUGGAAGGGCGAGACUGGGCGCGUGAACGCCAUAGUGGAGGCGCAGGUAGAGCGGCUUGGUCUGAAGCAAGACGAUACGCUCAUAUACGCUUGCGGGCAUCCAGGGAUGAUCGAGGAUGUGAAAGCGCGCCUGAUUCCCAAAGGCUAUGCGGUUGACGAGGAGCGCUUCUGGAAAGAGGACUAG